AUGCCAAAGGCACGCAAGAACACACGCAAGGCCCCCAUUACGCAUGGAGAGGUGGCCGCACCUGCAGGCUCUUCCAGCAACCCGGCUGCAACACGCGCAGUGAUCCGUCGCUUUCAUGUCCUGCUCAAGCGCAAGGCACAGCUCGAGAAAGCCCCUGGGGAUGCGCGCACGGCUCAGGCCCUUGCGGAUGUCAAGCACGAGAUUGAGUCCCUCGGCGGGCUAAAGGCGUAUCAGCGGAUGUCCACCAUUGGGCAAGGGAACGACCGUGGUGGCGGCAGCGAGAAGAUAUUCGUAGGAUGGCUGCAGGACAUCGGCGUUGCGGGCAGCGCACAGGCUGAAGAGAAGCGUCUCAGGCUGCUGGAAGUGGGUGCUCUCAAGCCCGAUAACUAUGCUUCCUGCUCUGCAUGGAUAGAGGCGACGCCGAUCGACCUCCGCUCGAACCACCCAGCCAUCAAAGAGCAAGAUUUUCUGCUGAUGGACGAGGAAGAGAACUGCGCCCAAUGGGACCUCAUAAGUCUCAGUCUUGUCCUCAACUUCGUACCAGAUGCCCCAAAUCGAGGCAGGAUGCUACGCAUGGCACACUCCAUGCUGCGUCCAGGCGGUUACGUCUUCCUCGCACUGCCCCUGCCUUGCAUCAUGAACUCGCGUUAUCUCACGUCGGACCAUUUGGAGGCCUUGCUGCAGACCGUUGGCUUGUCCGUCGUUAAGACCAGAUGGAAGGAAGGCGGGAAGAUGGCAUACUGGCUGCUCAGCAAAUCCCAGCCAGACGACGCCACAGCUAUCAAGACCUACAGCAAGAAAGUCGUGCUACGUUCUGGAAAGAGGAACAACUUCGCUAUCCUCUUGUAG